AUGCUAGUCAAUGCACGGACAAUCCAAUGGAUCCUGAAAUGCACGCCCCGAAACGACAGCUCUUGCUGUCUCGAGGGUGCCGACACAUGCUGCGAUGAUGAAACUAACAGGUUCAAGUACCGGCCAGGUGCCAUCGUGGCUCUGCUCGACCCCGAAGGAGAUGAUAGGCUCGUGCAGUCACCGACCUCAAGCGAAAACUCGACGGCCACACCCAGUUCCGGAUCCGACCCAGCAUCCAGCUCAGAAAACAAAGGAGCUAUAAUUGGGUUGGGUGUUGCUCUCGGUACGGUGGUCCUAGCAUCAGCCAUAGCGUUAGCCGUGUUGUGGAGGAAGUUGGCCGCCGAACGGAAAGGGCGCGAGCAGGCAGAUGGCAACAUGGGUGGUCAAGGCCACCACUUGUCGUCGCAAAACACGCCGAGUCAGUAUACGGCAACAGACCCAAACUACGGGCAGAGAAAACCGGAGAAUCAGCCUUUGCCAGGAACUGUUGGGCCUCCGUUGCAGCUUCAGACGCAUCGAGAUACGACGGAAUUACCUGAAAUGAGAUGA